GUUCAUGUUUGUGAAUACAAUUCGAACAGUCCAACUGCCAACACGACAAGCAAACAUUAAAGGAUCAAAGGCGCAGUUUUAGUUAACCAGUUUUGUUUGUGAAUGAGUGAUUAUCCUUUCAUAGGAUAAACAAAGCGUUAGGGGUUUACAAGCAAAGCCUUGAAAGUUAUGGGAUGCGGUAAUAGUCGUUCUUCUGUUUCUACAGUUGCCAGCACUACAAAUGCGACACAUGUGAAGCCUGGCUCGUCCACUGAGGCAAAUAAUAAUGCACAAAAAUCAUCGUCAGAGGAAAAGAAGGACGCCAUAGUUGAUGCAGAAGGAAAAGAAGAUGGGAAGCCUAAUCAAGACGAACGAGAGACUCCGAUAGGAGAAGAAGCUGUAUCGAAAUACAGCGAUCCUACUUCACAGCAAGAAGAAACAGAGCCAAGUGAUGACAAACCUGCGAAGGAUGGAUUUGAUGAUGGAUUUAAUGAAGAUAAAGAAUGA